AUGAACGCUUAUAACAACAAAGCGGCAAGUUCAGUCGAGGAUGACGAGGAGGAAUCAGACAAGUCCAAAUCUGAAGUUAAUAACGAAGAUGAAGCAAGUGGAGAGGAUGACCACCAAGAUGACGACGAUGAAGACGAGGAGGAGGACGAUGACGAGGAAGACGAUGAUUGA